GCUUGUAAAACUAAUGUUGGCUUGAGGAACAUAUUAUGCUCAGUCCAAAAAGCAGAGAAAGGUUGGUGGCAAAGACUACAAAAGUCGGAAGAAAAACCUGCUCCUUACCUUAAGGUUGAUUGGAACAAAUGGUGUGAUGAAGAUGAGGAGGAGUCAACUGAUUCUGAUCCAGCCUAUGAUGAGGAUGAUGUAGUGUACACUGGUGAACAUGAUGGAAGCAGUGACGACGAAGGAAUGCUUUAUCUUCCAGACUUGGAGAAGGCAAGAGGAGCUAUCAAAGACUGA